AUGCCGGCAUGCACCGUUCCAAUAGUAUAUUCUUGGGAUGGCAUAGUUACAAAAUACCACGCAAAGCACCUAGAGAAAAUAGCGGUGCCCAUAAAAAUCAGAGCCUACAUGCAGACUAGAGUACUACGUACCACCUUUGAUUCGGUAACUCACGAUCGAAGAAGAGGAGUUGAAGAAAGAGCUCCAGAAGAAAAACUGGAAGAUAUCUUCGAAAGGCUCCUCGGAAACCUCGACAAAGAGGAUAAACUCAAAUGGUCAAGAAAUCAAGAACUUCUCUACCUAGAAACAUUCGAUAGUGAUGCUACUAAGUCUAGGUACUUUGAAAAUACUGCUAAUGGUACAUGGAAGAGUAUAACUAAGGAGGACUAUGAUCAGAAGCUAAAGGAUCUCAAGGGUGGAGUAACCUCUAGCUCUGGGUCAACGCAGUUCUGGUCCUGGAACUCAUAUUCUCCCUACGCUGAUCCUCAUACCGCUCUUACUUCCUCUGACACUGUCUCUACUACUUCUGUUCAUAGUGUAUCUACUAUUACUAAUCCUGGACCGCGUCCACAAUAA